CGGGCGCCGGGGAAGGAGACGCUGCCCUUCCGCAGCGAUGCGAUCUUGGCUCUGUGCAGGGACCUUCUGGUCUGUGCGUCCCUGUUUCAGGGCGUGGAUGGUACCCAGGACCCAGCCAGCAACCAGUUGAAGACGUUCUCCUUGGAAGCUUUCAGCCCCGAGGGCUCUCGCCUGGGCUGCUGAUCCUGCCAUGGCGUUCCGGCGGACCGAGGGCAUGUCCAUGAUUCAGGCCCUGGCCAUGACAGUGGCUGAGAUCCCUGUGUUCCUUUACACGACGUUCGGGCAGUCUGCCUUCUCCCAGCUGCGGUUGACACCAGGCCUGCGGAAGGUCCUCUUUGCCACGGCCCUGGGGACUGUGGCCUUGGCCCUGGCUGCCCACCAGCUGAAGAGGCGACGGCGGAAGAAGAAGCAGGUCGGGCCCGAGAUGGGAGGCGAGCACCUGGGCACGGUGCCCCUCCCCAUCCUCAUGGCCAGAAAGGUCCCGUCGGUGAAGAAAGGCUACUCCAGCCGCAGGGUCCAGAGCCCCAGUAGCAGGAGCAACGACACCCUGAGCGGCAUCUCCUCCAUUGAGCCCAGCAAGCACUCAGGCUCCUCCCACAGCCUGGCCUCGAUGGUGGUAGUAAACUCAUCCAGCCCCACGGCUGCAUGCUCGGGACCACGGGAGACCCGAGGGAUAGAGGAGUCUGUGACCACCGCCGAUGGCAACGCUGAGAGCCUCUACAUGCAAGGCAUGGAGCUGUUCGAGGAGGCCCUGCAGAAAUGGGAGCAGGCGCUGAGUGUGGGGCAGAGGGCAGACAGCGGCAGCACCCCCACCCCAGGGGAUGGCCUCCGGAACCCCGAGACAGCUUCAGAGGCACUGUCCGAGCCGGAGUCCCAGCGGAAGGAGUUUGCGGAGAAGCUGGAGUCGCUGUUGCACCGGGCCUACCACCUGCAAGAGGAGUUCGGGUCCACCUUCCCGGCCGACAGCAUGCUGCUGGACCUGGAGCGGACCCUCAUGCUGCCCCUGACAGAGGGCUCGCUGCGUCUGCGGGCGGACGAUGAGGACAGCCUGACCUCGGAAGAUUCCUUCUUCUCUGCCACCGAGCUUUUUGAGUCCCUGCAGGUCGGAAAUUACCCGAUCCCACUCUCCAGGCCUGCCGCCGCCUACGAGGAGGCCCUGCAGCUGGUGAAGGAGGGCAAAGUGCCCUGCCGGACCCUCAGGACAGAAUUGCUGGGCUGCUACAGCGACCAGGACUUUCUAGCCAAGCUGCAUUGCGUGCGGCAGGCCUUCGAGGGCCUCCUGGAAGACAAGAGUCACCAGCUUUUCUUCGGGGAGGUUGGCCGGCAGAUGGUGGCAGGCCUGAUGACCAAGGCUGAGAAGAGCCCCAAAGGCUUCCUGGAGAGUUACGAGGAGAUGCUGAGCUACGCCCUACGGCCGGAGACCUGGGCCACCACGCGGCUGGAGCUGGAGGCCCGAGGGGUGGUAUGCAUGAGCUUCUUCGACAUCGUGCUGGAUUUUAUCCUCAUGGAUGCCUUCGAGGACCUGGAGAACCCCCCGUCCUCGGUGCUCGCCGUCCUGAGGAACCGCUGGCUGUCAGACAGCUUCAAGGAGACGGCCCUGGCCACUGCCUGCUGGUCGGUCCUGAAAGCCAAGAGGAGGCUGCUGAUGGUGCCUGAUGGCUUCAUCUCCCAUUUCUACUCCGUAUCGGAGCACGUUAGCCCUGUCCUAGCCUUCGGCUUCCUUGGACCCAAGCCUCAGCUCUCUGAAGUCUGUGCUUUCUUUAAGCACCAGAUCGUGCAGUACCUGACCGACAUGUUCGACCUGGACAACGUGCGGUACACGUCCGUGCCGGCGCUGGCCGAGGACAUCCUCCAGCUGUCCCGGCGCCGCAGCGAGAUCCUGCUCGGCUACCUGGGGGCACCGGCGGCCGGCAGCGUCGGCCUCAACGGUGUGCUGCCCCGGGAGAACGGGCUCCCAGAGGCGCUGCAGUAGUGGCUGCUGUGGGCCCGGGACGGUGGCUGCCUGGGCUGCCUUCACGUGGGGGACGCCGGCGAGAGGCCUCAGGGUUGGCGUGGGAGGCCCGGGUGUCUGGCCAUCAGCAGUGGCAUAGCGCAGGCCGUGGUGGCCAAGGGCACUUACUUGCCCCAACCUUGCCUCCAUCAUCUGGGAAUCCCCAGGGCCCGGAGGUGGAGGGCAGACUUCCUUGGAGAUGGAGGGGGCCCCGAGGGGUCCACCUGACCCACCCUCGGUUGUGGCUGGGGAAGCAGAGGCUGGACUAGUGGCCAGUGGGGCCAGAGAGGAAGAAUCAGGCGGAGAUGGGAUGCCCGGGGUGUGGGUCCCCAAUACCUCCCGCCUCCCAGGGGGGCUGCUGAAUAGGGCUUGGAGGGUGGAGAUGGAAGAGAGGGAGGCGGGGCUCUGUGGUGAAGAGGCCAGGGCUGGCCAGUGUCAGGUCCAGGCAUUGGCCUGGCCAGUGCUCACAGCCUGCCGCCACCCGAAAGAACAGCUCCAGGGGUGAAGGCUGAGGCUGGGGGCACCUCGGUGGGCAGCGGGCCUGGGCCAUCCCAAGGUGGGCCCGCUUGGGCUCACGUCUGGAUGGGGAUCGGGCCCUUGAGAAACCCAAGCACUCGAGCAGGAUGCUAUCCUCUGCCCUUCCCUGGCCCUCCAGAAGACUCGUUUCUCCUUCCACCUCUGCCACCACCAAAGACAGAGGAGGUGGGGCUGGUCGCCCCCCCCUCCCUCCCCUCUGUGAGCCUGGGAGUCUCUGGCUGGUGCUAGGCGCUGGGCUGGAGGCCCUGACUGGGGUCAUUUCGUUCCCCAAGAGUGAGGGGCUGAGGAGCCAUGGGGCAGGGGAUGGUCAGAGGAUGCAGGCGGCUGGACCAGCAUCAGGACAGGAAACUCACCUGGCCCUCAGCCUUCAACUUGACGCACAAACCGAGUAGCAGUGUAGAGCCCACCGCCAAAGGCUGCGGGCAUAGGUCCCCACAUCACCGGAUUUCUGUCCGCCCUGCAGACCUGCUUCCCUUGUGGUGUUUCCACCUGAGGAAACAGGUGUUUUAUUUAUUGCCUUAACACUUUAUUUUGAGGUCCGCCCCUUUCCAGGCGCGGGUAGGGGGAUGCCUCCAAGAGACACAGACUCCUGUUUUUCCACAUUCUGGAGUUGGGACUGGCUCCUCAGUCCCGGGGGCGCCCUCCCUUGAAUGGCAAAGGGGUCCCCAGGGUUGGGUGGGAGGCAGGGUGGGAGAGGACCCAUCUUCUCUGAGCCCACUCCCGCCCCCACCCCCCCCAGACUGCAGGGACCACUGUGCACUAACUAUGCUUCUGGCUCCAAGCCAUGUGUCUGAGGUCUUAACUGCCUCCCCCUGGGUGGGAAGGUCGGGGAGGCCCCUCCAUGCUAACGUUCGGUUCAUUUGCACUUGCCCCGCCCGCGCUGUGAAUGUGACCUUGGGCCUAGGCCCUGGCUGCUCUGAUCUGCUCCCCAGUCACCCAGCAGUGGCAUUUUCAUGUUGUCUGUGUUUCCAUGUCCACGCACUGCCUCUGGCACUUGAUUUGUCGCAGCUUCCCACUUUUGUACGAUAGGGCCUGUGCA